UAUUUUUUAUUUGUGGCAACCGUGGCAUUUGUUUACAAGUUGCAAAUAUAACAUCUUGUUGUUCUAAAUUUUUAUCGUAGAAAAUGGAAACUAAAUUUAAAAUAUUAGUUGUUGGCGACGUCCGUGGUCGUUUCAAACAACUGUUUCAACGUGCCGAAAGUAUCAAUAAAAAAUCGGGUCCAUUUGAAAUUUUAUUGUGUGUUGGAGAUUUCUUUUCAGAGGAUAGUAAACAAAAUGAGGAAUUAAUUGCUUACAGAAAUGGUCAUAAAUAUAUUGCCAUUCCAACCUAUAUACUUGGUCCUAGUCGAAAAAAUCUUAUGAAAUACUAUGAGAAUAUAAUAGAUGGUGAAAUAUGCCCGAAUUUAACUUACCUGGGCAGAAGAGGCCUUUACACAUUAACAAAUGGAACUAAAAUUGCUUACUUAAGUGGUUUGGAGAAGCCAUCAGACUGUCGAGGUGAAGAAAUAUAUUUUCAAAUGGAAGAUAUAGAAAGCGUUCGCAAUUCCUGCUUAGUAAAUAAAUCCGUAUCAAGUGAUUAUCGUGGAAUUGAUAUACUUUUGACGUCCCAAUGGCCAUAUGGUGUUAGCGAAGACAAUAAAAAUGCAUCAAAACUGAUAUCACUGUUAUCCCGAGAUGUAAAGCCCAGAUAUCACUUUUGUGGCCAAAAUAAUGUACAUUUUGAACCUCCCCCAUUUAGGUUAGCUUCAGAUCAAACUACGCAACUAGAACUCUGCACACGUUUCAUAUCAUUAGCUGAAGUGGGAAAUACGAAUAAAGAUAAAUACAUCUAUGCAUUGAGCUUGACCCCAGUGGAAAAGAUGCGUGUGGUGGAUCUUAUACAAAAGACCACAAACGAAAUUAAAUGUCCUUUUGGGGAUAUACGUUUUACUGACUUAAACCUAAAAGGGACCAAUUAUGAAAAUAAACAAUACUUUUUCGAUAUGAGCUCUAAAGAUGGAGGUGGUAAUCGUAAGAGGUCUAGUGGUUCCAAUGAACAAUCCAUAAAAAAAUCAAAAAUACCACAUUGGGAUCAAGAAAUUUGCUGGUUUUGCUUGUCGUGCCCAAAUGUGGAAAAACAUUUAAUAAUUUCUAUAGGGGAACAUUUUUAUUUGGCUUUAGCUAAGGGGCCCAUUAAUGACUAUCAUAUCUUAAUAUUAUCUAUAACCCAUAUACCAUGUGCUGCUCAACUGACGGACGAUGAUUGGAAGGAGCUGAAUAAAUUUAAAAAAGCUUUAAUCGAUUUUUUCAAAGAUCAGAAUCAAGUCGUUUGUUUUACGGAGAGAAAUUACAAAUCCUCUCACAUGCAAAUUAACGUGUUCAGUGUCGAUGAAGGAUAUGCAUGGAAAAUUCCUCAUGCUUUUGAAGACAAGGCUGAAGAAUUUAAUUUGCAAUUUGAAACAACCCCGGAUUUAACUUCAGGAAAAAUAUUACCACAUCAAGGACCAUAUUUUGUUGCGGAGCUUCCAAAUAAUUCUACAUUAAUCACAAGGCAAAUGAAUCACUUCCCAAUACAUUUUGCAAGAGAUGUCUUCUGUUCGGAAAAUCUUUUAAACUGUGACGAGAAAGUUGAUUGGAAAUCGUGUAAAUUGGAUAAAGAAAGGGAAAUUGAAUUGGUUCAAAAUUUUAGAAAUAAAUUUUCCAAGUAUGAUUUUACAUCAUGAAUUAAGUAAUUGUGCACAAUAUAUA